GCUCAGUCAUGAGCUCGGGGAGCGCGGCGUGAGGAGCAGCAGCGAGUGCCCUGCGGGGCUCUGCUGGCCCGGGGUGGCUCGGAGGGGCCGCUGUGGGCACUGCCCCCGCUGCGGGCUCUGAGUGCCCGGUGUGCCGGGGAAAUAGCCGGGACCGGGCCGGGAUGGGUCAGCGCUGAGACGCUGCUCCGCGGCCUCGGUUGUGUCUGACCCAGCUCGGCACGGCUCCGAUGCUCUCCCCGCUGCGCCGAGGAGCGGGCGGGCGGCAGGGAUGAAGCAGAAGUGAAUGUGGGAUGCGGAGCCGCGGCUUCCCGGGAGCGAAACUCGCUGGAUGUUCUCAGGGUUGGAGAUCUCCACCACGCUGGUGAUGUUCAGCCCGUCCUCUGCCGUGACCCCGUGCACCUCCCCGCGGGUGCCCCAGGCCGUGCCCAUGGACCUGCGGAUCGGGCAGCGCGUGGUCAAGCCCCAGGACACGGCGCUGCUGGCCCUGAAGCAGCAGCAGCUGCAGCACCAGCUCUUCCUGGCCAGCCUGCACCAGCAGCAAGUGGAGCAGCUCGCCCACCAGCACGUCAGGGUGGCCAUGGAGUCCCCACACCGCGAGGCUGAGCCGGGCCAGCAGGAGCAGGAGCUGCGGCAGAUCCUCAACAAGGACAAGAGCAAGCGCAGUGCCGUGGCCAGCACGGUGGUGAAGCAGAAGUUGGCCGAGGUCAUCCUGAAGAAGCAACAGGCGGCUCUGGAGAGGACCAGCAACCCCCCCGCUGCAGCCCUGCCCUACAGGUCCCUGGAGCCUCUGGAGCCCGAGGGUCCCUCCCCUGCCAUGCUCAGCACGUUCCUGUCCCCCGUGCCCAGCACUUCUCUCGACACGCCCGAGCAUUUCCCGCUGCGGAAAACAGCCUCCGAGCCCAACCUGAAGGUUCGGUGCAAGCCCAGGAAGUGCCUGGACCGGCGCAAGAACCCCCUGACCCGCAAGGAGAGCGCUCCCCCCUCGCUGAAGAGGCGCCCGCCCGACGCCAUCGACUCGUCCCCCAGCAGCAGCAGCACCCCGGUGUCGGGCUGCAGCUCUCCCAACGACAGUCUGCCCGCCGAGCACGUGGCGCUGCCCACCGCGCCAGGCGUGGCCCACGAGACGCCCCUGGCCCAGCGGCUGAUGAUGCAGGAGAGCUCCCUGGCCCAGUUUGCCCUGCAGAGCGCGGCCUCGCUGCCGGCCAUCACCCUGGGCCUGCCGGCCACCACCGGUGCCAGGGGCGAUGCAGAGCGCCGGGCGCUGCCCGGCCUGGCUCACCGGGUGCCGGUGCUGAACGGGCCGGUGCUCCCGGGCACGCACUCGCCCGUCUUCAUCCCGGCCAGCCUGGAGCAGCACGAGGCGGGCAGCGCCCUGUCCCCUCGGCUGCAGCCCGUCAUCAUCCUCGAGCCCUCGGUCACCCACGCUCCGCUGGUGGCGGUGCCGGGCCUGGGCACCGUGCCCCUGUCGCUGGCGCCGUCGCUGGUGCCCGCGGAGUGCCUGGCGCUGCCGGGCCAGCACAAACCGCUGGGCAGGACCCGCUCGGAGCCGCUGCCGCCCAGCCCGCGCACCGUGCAGCAGCACCUGCUCUUCCAGCAGCACCACGCGCAUUUCCUGCGCCAGCAGCCGCACCUGGGCAAGCGCCCGGCCAAGUCCAGCGAGAAGCCCCGGCUGCGGCAGAUCCCCUCCUCGGAGGACAUGGAGGCCGAGGGGACCCUCCCGGAGGCCGAGCCCGGGGACCCCCCCCGGGCACGGCCGGAGCCCCCCCGGCCCGGCGGCAGCGCCAAGGAGCCCGAGAGGACGCAGAAGAUGGGGCAGCCCCCGGAGGAGCUGGUCCUGCAGCAGGCCCUGCUCUGGGACUCCUUCCAGCGGGUGCAGCAGCAGCUCCUCAAGCGCCAGCCCUUGGCCGACCCCCCCGUGCUCCCCCCCGGCCACCGGCCCCUGUCCAGGGCUCAGUCGUCCCCGGCCACGGCCACCGUGUCCCUCCCUGCCCAGGACACCAAGGCGCUGGCCCUGCCCGUGCAGGAGCAGCCGCCCAAGCCGCUCUUCACCACAGGGCUGGUUUACGACUCGGUGAUGCUGAAGCACCAAUGCUCCUGCGGGGACAACAGCAACCACCCCGAGCACGCCGGGAGGAUCCAGAGCAUCUGGUCCCGGCUGCAGGAGCGGGGCCUGCGCAGCCGCUGCGAGUGCCUGCGGGGCCGCAAGGCCACCCUGGAGGAGCUGCAGAGCGUCCACAGCGAGCGCCACGUUCUCCUCUACGGCACCAACCCCCUCAACCGCCUCAAGCUGGACAACGGCAAGCUGGCAGGGAUCCUGUCCCAGAGGACGUUCGUGAUGCUGCCCUGCGGAGGGCUGGGGGUGGACAGUGACACCAUCUGGAACGAGCUGCACUCGUCCAACGCUGCCCGCUGGGCCGCCGGCAGCGUCACCGAGCUGGCCUUCAAGGUGGCCACCAGGGAGCUGAAGAACGGCUUUGCCGUGGUGCGGCCGCCCGGACACCACGCGGAUCCUUCCACGGCCAUGGGGUUCUGCUUCUUUAACUCGGUGGCCAUCGCUGCCAGGCAGCUGCAGCAGAAGGGGAAGCUCAGCAAGAUCCUCAUCGUGGACUGGGACGUUCACCACGGCAACGGGACCCAGCAGAUUUUCUACAGGGACCCCGAGGUUCUCUACAUCUCCCUGCACCGCCACGACGACGGCAACUUCUUCCCGGGCAGCGGCGCCGCCGACGAGGUGGGCGCUGGCCCCGGCGAGGGCUUCAACGUCAACGUGGCCUGGGCUGGAGGGCUGGACCCCCCCAUGGGGGACCCCGAGUACCUGGCUGCCUUCAGGACCGUGGUGAUGCCCAUCGCCCACGAGUUCUGCCCCGAUGUGGUGCUGGUGUCGGCCGGCUUCGACGCAGCCGAGGGCCACCCGCCCCCCCUGGGGGGCUACAAAGUCUCUGCCAAGUGUUUUGGCUACAUGACCAAGCAGCUGAUGAGCCUGGCCGGGGGGGCCGUGGUGCUGGCGCUGGAGGGGGGGCACGACCUCACGGCCAUUUGUGACGCGUCCGAGGCCUGCGUGUCCGUCCUGCUGGGCCACGAGCCGGAGCCGCUCCCCGAGGACAGCCUGAGGCAGAAGCCCAACGCCAACGCCGUGCGCUCGCUGGAGGCCGUGAUCCAGGUCCAGAGUAAAUACUGGGUGGCCGUGCAGCGCUUCGCCUCCAAGCUGGGCUGCUCCUUCCUCGAGGCCCAGCACCACGAGGCCGACGAGGUGGAGACGGUGACGGCCCUGGCGUCCCUCUCGGUGGCCGUGAUGGUGGAGAAGAGGGCACAGGAGGAGCCGAUGGAGCAGGAGGAGCCCAUGACCCAGUGACACUUGGGGACGGUCCCCGGGCGUGGCCGGAGCCCCCGAAGAUCCCGAUCCCCGUUUGUCCCCCUCGCUCCCGAGGCCCUGGGCGGGCCUGGACUCCUGGAAGGGACAUUCCCGCAUCCAACGGGAUGGGACCGUGGAGAGCCCCGAGCCCAGACUGUGCCCGCAGCCCUCCCCACCCCGUUUUGGGACCCCUCGAGUGGGGUGAAACCCCCCCAGCCCUGCGGCACUGACCCCCCAUCCCAGGACCCUCCUCAGCGGGAAGGGCCGGACGUUGGGAUGGACGCUCGGACCACCCUGGGGACGGCUCCCAGAGCCUGGAGGAGCAUCCCGGGGUUUGCUGGGUGGGGCUGGAGCUCUGCAGCCUCUCCAGAGGUUCCCUGGCUCCCCUCGCCCUGCUGGGGCACGGGGACGGAGCAGCAGUGACGGGGCUGGGAGCUCGGGAGGGCUCGGAGCAUCCCCAGCAAGGUUUGGAACUCCCCAAGGAAGAUGUGGAGCAUCCCAAGGAAGGUUUGGGGCACCCCGAGGAAGGUUUGCAGCCCCCCAAGGAAGAUGUGGAGCUCCCCAAGGAAGGUUUGGAGCUGCCCAAGGAAGAUUUGAAGCUCCCCAAGGAAGGUUUGGGGCACCCCGAGGAAGGUUUGGAGCCCCCCAAGGAAGAUUUGGGGCACCCCGAGGAAGAUUUGGAGCCCCCCGAGGAAGGUUUGGAGCUGCCCAAGGAAGAUGUGGAGAAUCCCAAGGAAGGUUUGGAGCCCCCCGAGGAAGGUUUGGAGCUCCCCGAGGAAGAUUUGGGGCACCCCGAGGAUGGUUUGGGGCACCCCGAGGAAGAUUUGGGGCACCCCAAGGACGGUUUGGGGCACCCCGGCGAGGGCAGAGCGAGGCCGGGGCGCGGGCAGUGCCCGGGGGUCCCUCCUGCCCUCGCUGAUUUGCACUAUGGACCUGCCAGCGCUAAUGUGAACCCGACUCCUCUUCCCGGGGGGAUUUUGGGAACCUUCCCCCUCUUCUGAGGUGCCUCGAGCCCCUUGCAGCACCCCGAGGCCCGGCUGGGUGUGGGUCCAGCCCCUGAGCCCCUCCCCAGCCGAGGGACCCCGGUUCCCGUGGGAUCCCAAAACCCCGUCCCCAUCCCUAUCCUGGGGUGCCGGGGCACAUCCAGAGCCUCCAGCCCGAGGGUUUCCCCCCAAAUUCCCUUUUCCCAUUUCCCCAAAGCCUUUGGGGACAGAGGGGACACAGCCCUGGCUGAGCUGGGGGUGGGGACGGCUCCGGCCGCGGCGGCAGGAGGAGAUUUUGUAUAAAAAAAACAAAAAAACCCAAAACAACCAAAAAAAACAAACAAAGAAAUUUAAAAAGAAAAAAAAUGAAUCAAAACCCUUUGUGUGGCCCAGGGUGGGGGUCGCCAGAGGGGGAUGGAGGGACCUCCCAAGCUCCAUCCUGCUGGAUUUUACCAGGAAAAACCCACCAUGCACGAAUUUUGGGGGCUUUCCGCCCCCAAAAAUAUGGGUCAGAAGGGUCAUCAGGAUGACAUUUUCCUCAUUUUAAGGGUUUUUGGCUCAUUUAAAGGUUUUUUUUGCUCAUGUAAAAUGCAGGAAAAUUUUUUUUUUUUUUUAAACAAAUGAGACACACCAAAAUACUUGAAAAUAUUUUUUUAAAAAUAUAUUUCACCUUUUUGAAAAAAAAUUUGUUUGGAAGCUGGAGUCUCACUCCACAGAUAAGUUUUUGCCCUUUAUUUUUUAUUUUUCAAACACAAUUGAUUAUUUUUUGUAAGAAGAUUUUAACUUCUGAUGCCAGUUUUGUUUCUCAGCUUCCCAUGAGGCACCGAACGAAGCCACCACAGCCCCGUUUUUAACAGAAUUUUGGUUUUUUUUAAGCACCUCCAGAUUUUUUUGAAGGCUGCAGUCAACUCCCCGGUGCAGAGAAUCAACUCCCACUGCACAUAAAAAUUGAGAAUUGGGUAGAAAAAGUCAGUCUGGGCUUUCCUGUGGUUCCUCCGUGGAUUCUCUGGUGCAUCCCAAAUCUGAUCACAGCAGGAAUUCCUCUCGCAUGGAAUAUUUGGGUGCUCAGGCCUGUUGCAGCCUCCCUGGAAGGGAUUUUUCCCUUUCUUUUUCUGCCAUAACAGGCACAAAAAAACUGAUUUUUUUUUUUUUUUUUGCCUGAUUCCAAUAAAAGCAGCCCAGCUGAGGGAGGUGCAGAGGCAGCACUAUGUCCAUAGGAGAAACAAGGAUUGAACCCUGGAAAAUUCCCCUUGGGCUUUAUUGGGGUUGUUUUGGUUACCCCAACACCUCCAUGGUCCCUUCCCCACCCUCUCCGCGCCCCCAAAAGAGCCCAAACCCGCUCAGAGUUCCCAACAAAGCCCCAAAAUCCCCCAUUCCCGGCGGCUCCGUCUCCAGCCUCGAUUCCCGAUAAAUCCCAAGGGAUUGGGAGCUCCCAGCAGAGCGUUCUUGGGUUCCUGAUAAAUCCCAAGGGAUUGGGAGCUCCCAGCAGGGCGUUCCUGGGUUCCCGAUAAAUCCCAAGGGAUUGGGAGCUCCCAUCAGAGCGUUCCUGGGUUCCCGAUAAAUCCCAAGGGAUUGGGAGCUCCCAGCAGAGCGUUCCUGGGUUCCCAAUAAAUCCCAAAGGAUUGGGAGCUUCCAUCAGGGCAUUCCAGGGUUCCUGAUAAAUCCCAAGGGAUUGGGAGCUCCCAGCAGGGCAUUCCUGGGUUCCCGAUAAAUCCCAAGGGAUUGGGAGCUCCUCCUGAGGCCCCAUCCGCGGGGCAGGAGUGGCUGGGGGUGCCUUGGGGGGGUCAGCAGCCCCCAGAUCCCCCCGAAUCCUCAUCCAUGGGAACGUGGAGCCUUCGGAGCGGGAUAAAAGCGGGGGACCCCCGAGGUCCUUGGAGGGCUCCUGAGGGGCUCCAGCCCUUCCCUUUCCCCUCAUCCUGAAGGAAUUUUCCUGGUGGUCCCGGCUGGAGGCAGCUCCGGGAAGGGCUCGGCGUCCCGGCAGUCCCGGAGGAGGAAAUCGGGAUGGUUCCUUACCUGCGAGCCCGCGAUAAAUUACAGCCCCGAGUUCCUCCAGCUCCAACCAGCUCCUGCUGCGGCUCCCUCGGGCACAGUCCUACAGUUUUUGGGGUCCCCGGGGCUGUCAGGGGGUUUGGGGGUCGUUCCCUCCUCUCUCCGGGGAGGUUUCUGUGGGGUUUUGGGUGCUGGAGCUGCUUCCAUCGAGGCGGAGACCUGGGGGGAGACAGCGGGGUCAGGUCGGGAUUAGCUCCCCGAAAUCCUACAAAUCCAUGCCCUGGAAACAGGAGGGUCAGGUCGAGCUCAGCUCCCCAAAAUCCUACAGAUCCAUGUCCUGGAAACAGCAGGGUCAGGUAUGGCUCGGCUCCCCAGAAUCCUACAGAUCCAUGUCCUGGAAACAGCAGGGUCAGGUAUGGCUCGGCUCCCCAGAAUCCUACAGAUCCAUGUCCUGGAAACAGCAGGGUCAGGUCGGGCUCGGCUCCCCAAAAUCCUACAGAUCCAUGCCCUGGAGCCAGCGGGGCAGAGCCGCCCCCGGCCGCUGCCUCUGGAGCUUCGCAUUCCCGGAUUUGCCCAGAGCCACGAGGGAUGUGCCGGGAAACGUCCCCACACCUGGGGCCAGGAAUUAAAACCACCCAAAUCCCAGUUUUUCCCGCAGAUCAGGUCUCGGGGAACCCCUCGGGAGCCCCCCCGGAGCCGAGGCUGGAGGAUGGAGCAGGGAAUCGGCUCCAGGGAUCGAUCCCUGUGGGAUCCCAGCCCUGGUGUUCCCGGUGCUUCCAGGGCUUAUUCCAGCUUUAUUCCAUCCCCUCCUGCUUUGUUUCCUCCUCACCGAGAGCUUCCCCUCUCUGGAGAGGAGCCUGGGGAGGGAUAAAUCAAAUCCUCCCGGAAUUCACCCCCGGGAAGGGCUGAGGUCGUGCCAGGGGUGGGGGACAGAGAGGAAAAUCCCCCAAAGGCCGAUGUGUCCAUGGCUGAGGCCUUGGGAUGGACGAUGGGCACAUCCAGGGGCUGGAGGACAACAGGCAGCCAAAAUUUCAGAGUCAUGGCCAGGCGGGACCAUCUCAACCCAGCCCAUGGAAAAACGGAUCAGCCCAGUGAGGCCUGAUCCCAAAAAUACCCAUUCCCGGUGGGAUUUUGGGAUCCUCCGCAGGGUUGGACAAGGUUUAACACCAAAAAACCCUCACGGGGAGAUUCCAGGGCUGCCCAAGGGCCGUGGGAGCCUCCGGAGGGGCCCGGCCCUGCAGGAUUUGGGAGCUCACGGAGCGCCCUGCUCACCCUCCCUCCGGCAUCCCCUCCUUUGUGCACCCCAGGAUCGGAGCUGCUGCCGGGCACGGGCGGUCCCGCAGCUCCCGGUUCCCCCGGAGCCUUCCCUGACAGCCGGGAUGAAAAACGGGCUCGUUCCAGCGGCGUUCCCGGGCCGAGGCAGCUCCAGCGAGCUCCGGCUCCUUGCAGGGGCCAUAAACCCGGAGAUAUUUCCUCAUUCCCGAGGGCUGGAUCCGCGAUUUUAUGUCUGGAUUAAUUUUAACUAAUCCUGAGCAGUGCAGGGACUCUGCCAUGGAGAGCAGCUCAGUCCCCCUGGGUGUUUUUUUUUUAUUUUUAAUGAAAAUGUGGAGGUUUUUGAAUGCAGCAGCUCUGGUCAUGCCUGUGACAGUUUGGGGGAUUUCGGGAAAUAUCCCCCACCCCAAAGCAGGGCAGCUCCUUCUGCCCCUCCAACACCGCCCCUUCCACCCCGAGUGACAACCGCAGCUCCGGGAAGAGCAGAUUUUGGGGAGCCCUCCGACCUCCAAACCUGCUCUGUUCCAGGAGAAAAUCCCAGGAGCACCGAAUCAUCCAGAAAGAGAUUUCCCAGGAUUUCAGCAGCUCCUCACCCCUCCUGAGAGCCCAGCCCCAACCCGGGGGUCCUGGACCACCCUGAGCCCUUUAACCAGGGGCUGAAUCUGCUUUUAGGGGAUGAUUUGGGGUGGGAAGGGAUCCCUGCUCUCCUGCCGGGCUGCAGAGGGAUCUGGGAGAUUUUAAAGCAGCUCGAGAUGGAUUUCCUGAGCAGGGAAAUCAUAAGAGGGAAUAGGGAAUGGGGAAUAGGGAAUAGGGAAUAGGGAAUAGGGAAUAGGGAUGGGAGCUGUUCCCGAGCUCCCCCAGUGCCCCGGAGCAGCCAGAAGUGUUUAUAAAUAAAAGCAAAUGAAGCAGCCGCCAGACAAAGCCGAUUCCAGGCGAGAGCAACAGUCCCCAAAGGGAAGAUUUAUCCAAGGUCUUUCAGGAGAGACAAUUAAGUGAGGGCAACGCGAGAGAGGCGAUAAAUCCAGGGAGACAAAUGAAGGGCAAGGAACAUCAGCCCUCAGCCUCUCCCCCCGGCAGCUCCAGCUUCCAGCCUCAUUUUCUCCUCCAGCAGGAAAGAAACCAUUUUAAUGCGCUCAAGACUCUGCCGAGAAAAGCUGAGCUGGGGGAACUUCAAACGUGAUUUCUGUUGCCUGAGGGCUCCAUCCCUCUUUUUUCCCCGGCUGGUGUCUCCCGGUUAACAAGGGCACAUCCAGCUCUUCCAGCCCGCUUUGAUAUUUAAUCGGCUGAGUUCCACCAUCCAGGGGCUGCUUUCCAUUAGGAAAUCCCAGUCCCGCUGCGAGCGCCGCGUUCGUUCCCUCCCGGGAGGGGAGACGGAGCCUCCCCAGCCCGGCACGGUUCCCCCGCGGCUCUUCCCUGGUUUUGGGGCUUUGCCGGGAGAAUUCCCGUCCCUCUCCCUCCCCGGGAUUGUUCCCCUGGAGCCCCGAACGCCGCAGUUUCGGGGAAGGCGAUUCCCUCCCCGGCUGGGGAUGCAGGCGCGGAGCCGCUCGGGUCGAUUUUAGGGGAAUGAUGAUCCCGCCGCGCCCACGGGAGCUCUCCAAAGUGACGGAAGGGUCUUUAAUCCCUCUGGUUAUCCCUCGGUUCUGCCCAGAACUCGGCUUAAAUAAACAGCUCCGGCAGUCGGUGCCGGCCCCGCG